AUGGGAAGAAGGCAGAGAUGGAGCUGAGCUCACCCUACAGCUGUGUGACAUUGGAACAUGUCCGGGGAGAGCGGGGCCAGGUCUGUGAUGAGUGGGGCAUUGGUGCUCGUGUGCACCCAGUGCUGUGCAAUGGACCAGCUCCCGGUGUGGGUUUUGGGGUCAGGUGCUGUCCUGUAGAUCUGAACACGGUUGAGUUCAACUCUGGGACAACCCCUGGCCCCAAAUAACCGUGGGCGCGGAGCUGGGAGUCCACCCGUGCCCUCCGUGCACCCCUGUGUCCCUGGUGGCUUUGGGCUGGGCUGCGCCAUUCAUCUUCCACCAAACAAUGCGAGGAGCUGAUGGUGGUGGGACCCUAAGGGGGGGACCCCUCGCAGGCUGACACCCCCCCGAGCCUGGAGGUGCUGGGGGUGCCCCGAGAAUACGCGUCCCCCCCCCUUUGCUGGGCGGCUGCUGGGGCGGAGCGGGGCGGAGCUGCGUCUGUUCGUCCAUCCAUCCAUCCAUCCGGGCACCAUGGCGGAGGAGCUGGCGGAGCGGCUGGGCCGGCGGCUGGGGAUGCGGGAAGGGGAUGCGGAGCAGCAGCAGCAGCAGCAGCAGCAGGACGCGGAGCCCACCCCGGUGCCCCCGGGCAGCCCCGCGGUGCGGGCGGUGGGCAGCGAAGGUUCGCCCGGGGGCGGCCGGAGGCUCUUCAGCCCCGCGGCGGAGUUCCGCGAGUUCUCCCGGCGGCAGCUCCGUGACAUGGAGAGACUCUUCCGACAGUAUGACGCGGGGAAGGACGGCUUCAUCGACCUGAUGGAGCUGAAGCUGAUGAUGGAGAAGCUGGGAGCGCCGCAGACCCACCUGGGCCUGAAGAACAUGAUCAAGGAGGUGGACGAGGACCUGGACAGCAAGCUGAGCUUCCGCGAGUUCCUGCUGAUUUUCCGCAAGGCAGCAGCGGGCGAGCUGCAGGAGGACAGCGGGCUGCACGCUCUGGCACGGCUCUCCGAGAUUGACGUCUCAACGGAGGGCGUGAAGGGAGCCAAGAGCUUCUUCGAGGCCAAGGCGCAGGCGGUCACCGAGGGCAGCCGCUUCGAGGAGGAGAUCCGCGCGGAGCAGGAGGAGAAGAGGCGGCAGGCGGAGGAGAUGAAGCAGCGCAAGGCGGCCUUCAAGGAGCUGCAGUCGGCUUUUGCUCAGUGACCAUGGCGCACGGGAGGAGCCACGCCACGCCGUCACCCGUCCCCUGCGUGUCAUCGUGCCCACGGCUCGUGCCAAGCCGGUGGCAGCUGUCACUGUGCUCGGUGCCACGGAGCAGGCGGGCGCCCAUCCCACCGCACCCCAACGUUGGGUUGGAGGUGGCCUUGGCUCCCCUUGGGCUGUUGGCUUAUUCUGGUGAAAGAUGCCCAUGAAGGCCACCGAGGGGAGAGAAGCUUUAUUUUUUGUGUGUCCGUCCUCGAAGCACCCGAAGGGGCCGCGUCUCACCCGCUGUCCCUCCAGGAGUGGUUGUGCCGAUGACUGUGAUGUCCCACGAUGGUGUUGUCCCAACAGCUGCUUCCAUUCUGUUGUAUGGAUGUGUCGUUCGCUGCGUUGUUUUCUUUUUUUUUUUUUUUUUUCUUUUUAAAUC